UUUCAAACCUUCAUCUGAGGUCGCUCUGAAUAUAUUUUAUUAAAGUUUAAUUAAAAAAACUGCAGUCACUGUAAUUUACAAUGGACACCGGGGAAAGUGCUAAACUCCAGUUUGAUCCUAAAGAGCACCAGCAUCUGAGGUACAACCCUCUGCGGGAUUCCUGGGUUGUAGUCUCGGCUCAUCGGAUGAGACGGCCAUGGAAAGGGCAGGUGGAGAAGGUGCCCGAGGCCAACAUCCCCCGCCAUGACCCCCACAACCCCCUCUGUCCAGGAAACACCAGGGCCAAUGGAGAGGUGAAUCCUGAGUAUGACAGCACUUUCCUCUUUGAUAACGAUUUUCCUGCACUUCAGCCGAAUUCUCCAGAUCCGGGUUUGGAUCAUCAUCCCUUGUUUCAGACCAAAGCUGCGAGAGGGGUUUGUAAGGUUAUGUGCUUCCAUCCUUGGUCUGACAUCACCCCGCCUUUAAUGCUACCUGCCGAGAUCCGCAAGGUGAUUGAUAAAUGGGCAGAACUGAUUGAAGAGCUCGGCUCCACCUAUCCAUGGGUGCAGAUCUUUGAGAAUAAAGGAGCCAUGAUGGGCUGCUCGAACCCUCAUCCUCACUGUCAGGUCUGGGCUAGCAGCUUCCUGCCUAAUGAACCCGCUCUGGCUGAACGCUGUCAGAGAGACUAUCAGCAGAAGUUUGGGGAGCCCAUGCUGCUUCAGUAUGCUCGUAUGGAGGCCCAAGCACAGGAACGUGUGGUGGUGGAAAAUGAACACUGGCUGGUUGUGGUGCCCUAUUGGGCUACGUGGCCUUUUCAGACUCUGCUGCUGCCGCGACGGCAUGUACUGCGUCUUCCUGACCUCACCUCGCAGGAAAGAGACAGUCUCGCAUGCAUAAUGAAAAGGCUUCUGACAAAAUAUGACAACCUCUUUGAGGUCUCCUUCCCCUAUUCAAUGGGCUGGCAUGGAGCCCCAACAGGAAAUUACCUGAAGGAAGAUAUGAGCCACUGGCAGCUGCAUGCGCAUUACUACCCUCCCCUCCUGCGCUCGGCCACUGUCCGCAAGUUCAUGGUGGGCUAUGAGAUGCUGGCACAGGAGCAGCGCGACCUCACGCCUGAACAGGCUGCUGAGCGAUUACGGGCUCUCUCGGAGGAGCACUACAAGACCAAAGCAAAGGAAGACCAAGCAAACUCUCAGACGGAGGUGAAGUGAGUGCAGGCUGCAAAAAUACGCUGGGAAUUCUCAGGAAUGACAAACAUUAUGAAAUUUUAAGGUUAAAAUGAUUAACGGUCAGAGUAUUUUCAACAAACUGUUGCAUCGUUGGCUUUGGAGUGAAGCAGGAGACUAGAUACCUGCUCAGUCUGCCAGUACACGGUGAUGUAUGUGAUUGUUUUGAAUGAACACACGAAAUAAAUCAAUGCAAUAUAAAACAAAAUGUCAUUACUCAAUCAAUUGGUUUGUCUUGUCUUGUCCCAAUUACAUAUCAUUUAAAAUUAUUUUCCUUGUCUGUGAUAACACAUUUUUAGACUGCAGUCGAAGUCAAUAGUUUACAUACACUUGUAAAGGACAUGUUUGUCAUGACAGGCUUGGCAUUUUAACUCCUGUGACUGUUUCUGUUCUGUGACAAAGAUUGGAACCCAUAACAUUUGUCAAAUAAAUGUUUUUUGAUAAAAAAAAAUCUAGUGUGACUAUCCCUAUUUAAAAGUGUGUGAAACGAUGACCCCGUGCCAAUGUCAGGAAGAAUAUAAUCAAUGGGCGCUAUAAAAUAUAAAAAGUAUGAGACCACUAGU